AUGAGAGGUGUCAAUUUGGAGGAAUUUAUCGAUGCUGGUGCUGACUGUCGAAAGGGAGCGCCACCUGGAGCCGCCGUGGUCCCGUCCGGCGGGUCGGUGUCGACUUCCGAAUCGAGGAAUUUGAUGAAAAUUUAUGUGUCGUGCGUGCCACAUUGGAUAGUGACAGAGUAUGGCAUAGCUCAUGGCAUUGGAGUGUUUUGGGUGGAGAUGAGAGAGAGACUGGACUGGAUGGAGUAG